AUUCCGCUACCCUCCUUCCUUUUGAUCCCUUUCCGUUCCUUCGACACGCUCAGCAUCCCUUUCCGUCCUGAUCGUGGUUUUGUUGUAUGCCGCGCACCACCGACGGAAUCCCGUCCCUGCCCUCCUCCGACUCCAUUCCCAGCCCCCCCAGCAGCCCUGACACCCUCGCCUCCCGCCCACCCCUCUCCCCUCUCGCCCUCUUCCCCGUCAAGGAUGGCUCCCCACUCUGCUUCAUGUCCAUCUCCGGCCACAGCCCUGUGAGCGACGACGGCGACGAAGCGUACGGCAGCGGCAUCCCUGGGUCCACCAUGAGCAACACUUACUACUCGGCUGCCGAGUGGGAGCAAGAUCCUCGCGAAAAGGAGGCUCCCGAAGGCCACCACCCGGCCCCGCGUGCGCGUGGUUGUUUCCCGCGUUUCAGGCGGUGGAGUGUCGGCCACGCGCACCAGACCAGGACGCCCCGAGAGGACGAGUCAACCUGCCGCAGCUCGGUGCCAGUCGACCUGGCGACACUCGUGUUCGCCCGAGCUCAGUACGAUGACCCUCUCGAGGUAUGCUGUGCUAUGCACGGCAGUCGAAGCCACAGCGAAACAGUCCGCUCACCCGACACGACCCGGUUGUUUUGUCCUUCCUCUGUGUGUGUCGCGUAGAUUCACCCCGGUGACCAGUCCCUGACGCCACCGCCGGCGAGCCCUCAGUCUGUGCGCGAGUAUGUGGCCCAGGCGUCUGACACCCCUCCCUCCAGCAAACACAACGCCCUCUCGCGUGUGGCGGACUGCCUGCGUGGCGCCAGGAAGCGGACCAUCUCUCGGGUCAAGUCCUGGAUCCACCACCAGGAGGGUUCGGUUUUUCCGAGGAAGUCGAGUGCGAAUUUCGAGGACCAUGAGGACCCUGCGGUGUGGCGGAAUCUUGACCCCAACUUGCAGUACCGCCUCAGGGGCUUCCCAUCGCCCUUCGAGCCCGAGGAGGACCGCAGACUCAGGGACCUCUACGUCCAACAGGUGGGGGAGGGAGCGAGGCAAGCAGAGAAGCAUGGAUCGAUGUCUGCUCUCUUCUGUGUGUGUCGGCUGGUUGGUGUGGUGCAGGGCAAGAAGGCGAUCCAGGAGCAUUUGGCCCUCAAGGCGGACACUCGUGGCUGGAAGCACGCCGGAACCAAGGGCGGUGUCAAGGUACGUAUGGCUGCUGUAGGAAGCACUCCCGCAUGGAUUGUAUGUGUAUGUGUGUGUGUGUGCUAUCUUUCAGUGUUACCGGAAGGAAGUGACUGACCAUUCGCUGCCUGUGUUGGUCAAGGGUGAGGUGAACUUCGGCAAGGGGCCCGGCGUCACCCCAGAGGAUGUCAUCGACUUCUUCACCAUGAUCGACCCCCAGCUCUACAACAGCGAGCUCGACAUAUGUAAGAUCUUACCACAGACAGACAGACAACACAAUCCUUUAUCUUGUGCGCGUGCGUGUGUGUCCGUGUGUGUGCAGCGAUCCAUCUGCGCAACUGGCGUGUGACGUCGUGGCCCGGCGUGUACGUCUUCUACCAGAGCUACAAGGGCAUGAUGGGCGUCCCCGGCCGCGACUUCACCAUCUUCCUCUACCGCGAGAAGAUCGCCGAUGACUACUACGCCUUCGCCAGCCAGUCCAUCGACUGGCCGAGGACCGAAGACAUGCUUCACGGCCGAGUGACGGCACACCUCCUCGUAAGCAACACACACCUCAUAAUAAGCUUCAACGCAUGCGCCGCGCAUUUUCACGUUGGUCUGUCUGUUUGUCGCGUGUUUGGCUCUGUCUGUCGGUCAGUUGGGUGCGAUGGAUGCCCGGUAUGACGAGGAGGGCAACGUGAUCCUGACGGCCAUGUAUCAGGCUGACCUGAGGGGGUCCCUGCCUGAGUGGAUCAAGCGAAUGGUGGCCAUCAACUCGAUCUCGUGGCUGGGCCAGGCCAAGACGCUCUACGACAAGACCUGGGGCAAGGGCAAGUGGGCGAAGGCGUGAUGGGCGGGGGUGAUUUGAUGCGCGCUGUUGGACAUAUAUUAUAUGGUGUGUGGGCUGCCUGAUUUGGUGCUGUGCUGUGCUGCUGCAUGUUCUGCUCUCCAUCCCUCCGUUUUUGCGAGGGGCGUGUGCGUGUCUGCGGUGUCUCGUGCUGUGAGUGAUAUGUUGAUGUGCUGCGGUCUGUGUGAUGCGAAAGCCGUUGGGUGAUGUGUCUGUCGGUGUGGGCGAGCGGUGGUGCAUAUAUUGUGUGGGAAUGGCACCUUCUGCUGUAGGCCAUUCAUUUGUCAGACCACUGACCUCCGUGUCUUGGCAGCUUCCUUUGCCUGCCAUUUGCUCUCUCUUUGCUUCCAUUGUCUUACUCGGUUUGUGGUUUGUGUGAGUCAAGUGCGUGUCUCUCUGUGUGUGACAAUGUGUGUUGGCGGGAUGCAUAGCCUGAUCCAUCCGAUACGUGGCAUGCGAUGGUGUGUGCAUACUCCGCGUCUUUGCAUUCUUGUGUUCUGCCUGUCUGUCUGACUGCAGUGAGUGCACUUGUGCAUGUUCCUUGUACAUAGCUGCCUGUUGGUUCCACAUGUUGUUGUUGUUGUUGUUGUUGUUGUUGAUGUGACCGAGAAGACAGACACACCAGCAAGCACAUCACGUCAAAUCCUUCCAAAGUG